GAUUGUCACCGCACAUUCUCUGGUAUCCAAUUUUCAUCAUAAACUCAAAAAACGACAAGCAGAUUUGAUAGACUUUAAUGAGCAGUGUACAGCAGUAUUCUCAACAAUGGACGUGAGCUGUUUGACGAACAUUUACUCCCUUGUGGAAACAUACAAGAAUGUAGAGAAAGAAGCAGUGAAAUCUUGGGGGUCACAGUGUCAGGAUAACAUCUACGAUUGUUUAUCUAGUCCUGAUGGAGAAACUGGACAGGUAAUCGAAUACUUCAAAGUGCUGCUGCCUCAAGUUAAGGCACUGUGCGCUCAGGGAUGCAUGGUUCCCAUCAUUGAUCUUAUCCACUCUUGUUUGAAACAGGAAGCGUUGGACGAAAUUGGAUUAUCAAGAUCCGAAACAGAAGAUAUAUUUGAUUUGAUGUGCAUACAGGAAGAUAGCUCAGAUAACGGGCAAGAGGGCGAGUACUGUAUGAUAAAAGCCAUGACAACUGCUUCCUAUUUAUACCAGGCUAAUCAAAUAAAGAAUUGUAAUCUAGAUGCCAUUGAUCUGACCUCGUGUGGGCAGGAUGCCAACAACGAACUUUGUACAUGUGACAAGAACUGUACCACGCUAAUGAAGAGUGGUAAUGCUCUAAUGGGGUGUUGCAUGGGUACACUCUUAGAUUUGGAGAACGCUUUCAAUAUGUCUCAUCCGGACUCUACCGACAUCUUAAACCCUGGCAGUCAACUAAUGCAACUAUGUGGAGUAACUCCUGGUGAUUCGUGUAAGACAUCUAAACAAGUAAUAGCGGACCAGAAGCAGCAGUAUGCCGAGUGUGCCGGCACUCUGCAAAAGAACGAGGAGUCUGAGUGUAUAAGCCUGGAGAGGGAGACACAUACCUCGUAUCUGUUAGACAUGCAGAAUAUCAACAAGUCCUGUAAGAAGUUCAAGAAUAUCAACCAGUGCCGAAAUUCAACGGCAGAAAUAAAAAUCAACGAGGAUCUGCUGUUAGUGAUGUCAAAGCUUAAUAACCAUUGUACCGAGUGUGGACCUGAAUUAGCUGGAAUCAAGGACAAUUGUACGGUGUUUUUGCCUGAAGAGGCAAAAAUGGUAUUUGAGAUGAUGUGCUUAACUAACUCUGAUCUGGAACACUGUGGACCAAGAGUUAUAGUAUACGAGGCUGAACAGGAACGGCUUGACCUUAACUCCAAUCCUUGUUUCAAGGGCUUCAUGCCACAAGUUCAGAACCAAUGCAGUGACGAGUGUGUCAAGGAGGUGGAGCUUAUGAACAAAUACGACGUUCUCAACUGCUUCGAUGCACUGAUGGAGUACGCUGUUGUAGAUCAAUCAUGGCAGCUGUGGCACAAGAACUGUGUACACAAACCUGGCGUACAGGUCCAAAACAAGAUAAAUAUGACUACUGGAUACGACUACUCGAUAGGUGGCGAUGGUAACAAUGAGAAAGGGCCUAGUGCUAUAAGUAAAAGUGGUGAGGGAGACGGCAAGACAUCUCUUUGGAAGACGGUCGCCUACACGUUUGUUGGUACAGUACUCCUGGCAUUUGUUGUGGUGGGUGUGGUCAUGCUCGUAUACAAACGACACGUGGUCCUGAACAUGUUUGGUUACAACAAAUUCGGAGGAGUGGAGGACAACAACUUGAUUACGGACGUCCAUAUGGAGGACACCAUGUGUUCGGACUACGACGAGGACCGGGGGGAGAACUACUACGAUUAACAUGGAUUUGUUUGCACGUGCAACGUGUUGACUCGCACAUCGGGAAUUUGUUUGCACGUGCAUAGUUUUUAUUCGCAUCUCAACUUAUAAGAGU